UCAAUGGGUCAAAAAUUCUUUAUAGACAUUGUAUCGAAUAAGUAAAGAUAAAGAUUACCCUAAUGAAGAGAAAGAAAAGCAUCAAACCAUGGUUCUUACAGUAGUUAAAAUUUUCUCCCCUUCUGUCGUAUAUAGCGGGUUCAACUGUUGUGAAGGCGGUUACUUAUGGGACCCAAGUACUGAAGUCUGAGCAAACUCUCAACAAUUUGAGCCAUCGGAAAUUUUCUGUUAGAAGAAUAAUGGCUUGGAGCGCAAUUGACGAUCAAAUUACGCGCGAGUUCUCAUUCAUACAGGAGACGGUAUGGGGAGCGCCAUACAGAAAUCCAUUCCCUUCCUGCACCAACAAGAUAAUAUCAGAUCUGAAAGCGCUCAAUGCCUCUCUCUUCUCAAAUCGAUAUAAAUCUUUUCGCCAUGAGAACGCCUCCAAAGCUUCAAUAUUGGAUGGUACUGCCAGAAUCCUGGACUGCGAUGCCCUCAAGCUGAUAGAAUUUCGAAGGCUUUAUUGUAAUAGAUUGCUUAAAUUGCAGAGGGUUUUAGGAGAGGAAAAGCUAUUGGACCUCGAAAAUAAAGUGGAUAGGAUCCUCGUUCAGCACAUACAAAGUGCCUGGGAAAACGGUUUGGAAGGCAGUGAGCGGGUAGAUUGGAUGAUUGAAGCUACACAAAUCGAUUUCACGGUUCUCGAUAAGUCGGUGUGCCAGAUUUUCGACUGCUUUCAGCGGGAAAAUAAAAUUAAACCAGAAGAUUUGUCACACUUCAACCGAGAUACUCUCAAGAAUGCGGACAAAGUUUCACGGGUUGAGGAACCGCGAUUGACGGAGCAGAGUUCGUGCUCUCCACAAACAUUCUCAGACAACGAGGAAGAAAGUUCUUGCGAUUCAUACAACGAAUCCCCCACAAAGAGCUCAUUAAUCCCCUCCGAAAACAAUGCGGGUGAAGAAAUCAUCGAACUUGAAGACGACAAGCUGUGCAUUCACUCACCAAACACAAAAAAGACUGUUCGCCUCGCACAUCUGCCGAAAGGCGGAGCGAGAAUUGCCUAUAGUCCUCGAUCUUGGCCCCGAUUUCCCCCAAAUUCGCAGCGGAAGAAUCACUCGGCUCCCCAUCUAGAAGUGGAAAUGGUUAUGAAGAGUCGUCUCAGGAGAAAUCCAGAGCAGGGAGGAGCAUACUUAUGGCACAUCAUAUUCGGUCUAGUAAAUCACGGAGCCUGUAAACUAGAGGUAAAUUCAUUAUCUUUCUGGUCAAUUGACCCAAGCAGCGGCUCAGAUGUUUGCAGCAUAAACUGGCCAAAAGGCGACGUGAUUCUGUUGGAAGGCCCCUCGUUUCUGUGCUACAGCACCAAAAUGCCAUGCACUCACCACAAUUAUGACUCUCCAAGAGUCACUUACAGCUGGAAGUACAGGAGAUUGGAAGAUAGAUCUAGCAGCAGUAAACGACAUGAAGGGAUGCAUGCAACAUCAAUGUGCGAGUCUCCAACAGAAAAGGGAUCAGAGAAAUUUCAAGCUGGAGAAGACAAAAAGGAUAGUAACCUAAAAACGCCGAUUUACAAACGUUUGGGGAGCAUAAUGCUUGACUGGAGUGCCAAUUCCCUCAAAAGAAUGCGGCGAUCCUCUCUUGAUAGCUGAAUUUGGAACAUUGUAUUUUUACAAGUCGGUAGCUAAACAGAAAUUUAUUGCAUUUUGUUGUUUCCAAUCGCUAGUAUUCUGUUCUGUCGAAACAAUAAAAAAAUAUUCAUUCUUGCCAUUGGUAUAACUGGAAAGUUGUUACACAUUGUGUUUUACAAUUCCUAUGGGCAUCGUUUCAUCGUCCAAGGAGCUAUGUAAAAUUUCUAAUGGGAAAUUAAGGAUUUCUUUCAACGAGGGUUUAUAA